AUGGAGGCGACGUUGCUCAGCAGCCUCCACACCAAGCUGGAUGACCUGGAGGGCAGGCUGCAAGCCUAUCGCUACGACCUGAUCUCCGAUUUCCAGCGCUACUACCACGACCUGCUCACCGGCGUCAACCCCAGCGUCGCGACCAGCAUCCAGCAGGCCAUUGCUCCGUCCUUUGCCAACUACCCGAUCCUGCGUCCCGAGCUGGAGGUCGCUGACUCACAACCGCAACCACCACCACCUGACAGGCCCCAACCGGCCACAUUCCAGCAGCCUGCGACGCCUGAGGCUUCUCCUCGUAUCGAAGCUCCCAACGGCUCGCACGACCGAGAGACGGAUCUGCAGGGCCUCUUCACGCCAAGCUACCUCCCGCUGCUGGACAGCUCCCCUCCCUACAACCGCCCUGCCGUGCCGGCUACCACCCCGACGACGACUUCUAUCCAGGCCACGGAUCCCUUCCCGCUGCUGCCUGCUGCCAUGGACACGCCGCCUGUCGACAACAGCACUGCCACAGAGAAUGGUGUCACCAUGGACAGCCUUGCAACCCAAGGGAACAGCGCGGCUCCCGCAGGCGGCCAGGCUCCGUCCGAGGCGAACCGCCUGGUGAGGACCGCCACCGAAGAGUCAACCUCGUCUGCCGCCUCAGACAAGAGCGAUUCCAAGGUUAUGCGAAGUGCCAUGCGACGCUCCUCCAGUAUAUCUAAACCGCCUCAGAGCCCACGACGGGUGCGGUUCGAGUUCAUGGGUGCAGAGGUGCUACCUACGUCAUCGCCUCAGCAGGUGAAAUUUAUAGCUCCCAAUCCAAUGUCGCCAGCCGCAGAUGACGAGCCAAUUGCCUCCGAUAUGAUACUUGAUGACGAUAUCAACGAGUGGCAACCUCCCCGGAAAAGUUCUUCUACAGAGGCCUUGAGGGCCUUGUCCAGGGCUCCAGCUGAAGAAGGCACCGUGUGGACUGUUGUCGAUCCUGAUGCAGAUAGGGCCAAUUCCCAUCCAGACACCCGGAAUAAGGAGGCCUCAAAGAAAUCCAGCUCCAUGGAGCAGACCAAAUCGACUAUGAAUAACCCAAGAAUAGAAGUUUCACCUGGCGCUGCCCAAAGCGAAAAUACGACGUCAUCAGAACCUAGCGCUGCCAACGGCCGUCGUUCAGAUACCAACAAGAAUACUGACGGCUCUUCAGAUGAUGAGGCUGACUAUUUGGCCAUGGGCAAACGCAAGUCUGCCGUGAAGCAGAAGUCUACGUCACCUCCAGAUACCCAGUUGCCGUUAAGAGGAGCGAGUAACGAAACUUCACCUACGGCGCCUGGCUCAAACAAAUUGCACCCCAAUGUCAAUAAUGCCUCCAGAGAGACCAGGAGUCCAGCUAUUAUGGACAAUGAGAGCUUUGAUGAUUAUGGCGAUGACGAUGACCUCUUUGAAUUCGAGCCUGCUGGCCUAAGUGCUCCCCCUAAGCCGCGUGAGAAACCAGCGGCUCCCCCGCCAGACGAGUCAUCAGAUGAUGAUGACGACGAAUUUGAGGAUGAAAUGCCAACCAUGGCUCAGUCCACUCAGCAGCCGCUUUAUUCGACAUCGCCAGCUGUUUCUAUCGCGCGGCCACAGAGGACGGAGAACGCCAUGGCCUCAGUGUCCAGGUUCCAGCCUGGGUCCCUCGGAUCAUACAAGGGUCGGCCAGUUGUCAUGCCUGUUGUACGUAAUCCUGAAGUGCACGCAAGGGCUGCCUCUUUGGGCCAAUUCAACACUUUUGUCGGAGGCCUGGAUGGCCGUAGCGGAAUGGAUGAGGGAGACCUCAGCAGCUUCCGUGCCAGCGUUGUCCAGCCUGGCUUUGCUGGUACCCCACGGAGCUUCACUGAACGCUUCAUGAUGGAAGAGGCACAGGAGGAGAGGAGAAGGAAUGGCGCCACUCGGUGA